AGCUGAACUUCUUCGACCACGACUCCCCCCAAAAGCCCAGUUGCGCCGACCACCCAACGACGUGUGUUAUUGACUCUCAACUGAUAUUGCCUGCGACUAUUGUGUAGAUACCUCUCAUCUUUUAGAGAGGACCCACUACUUAUUUUUCUGCCUCCUGUGUGGCUACUCAAAUAUUACCUGCCAGUAAUUUCUACGCUUGGCUGCUUACCACCGCCUCCACCAUUUGCAAAGUCGGGCAGAAGAAACCUCCACAUCACUUGACGACGACACCGACGACAACGAAGCCGCUUUGCCUUACCAACCUGUCGCAAUGGUCGACGACUCUCAACCCGGCAGUCCAAGGUCCGACCCGAUCGACGCAAAGGAGGACGCCGAAACUGCUGCUGCCCGCAAGGAACUGAAGCAUACGGCUAUUUCAGAGAAGCCUCUCGCGGAUGGCCCCACCGCCGAGACCACACCCUCCGGGUCGCAAAACGAGGACCAUAAGGAGCGCGUCUCGUCACCGAAGAAGAAGCGGGCGCAUGACCAGUUAGACGAAGACAACGACGUUGAUGAGGCUGACGACAAGAGCGUUGUCUCGAGUGACUCGGCUAAGGACAGGGCUUCGCGAUUGGAGCCCGAGAAGAAGAGACACAGAGACGAGAUUGCCACCUCUACUGACACUGCGGGCGAUAUUUCUGCGCCGCCAGCUGCCGCCGUCGACAAGAAGACGCAGGAAAACGUCAGGAACGAAGGCACAUUUGCGACAUCACAAGACUCAGCCAAGGACGAGAAGAAGGGAGCGUCGACCUCUGCUUUUGCUAGCUCAGGCUUUGCCAAACUGGCUGCCUCGAGUGCAUCCCCGUUCGGUUCGUUGGGAAAUGGGGCCAAGGGGAGCGUCUUCGGCGGCUCAGCAUCAAACACCUCGCCCUUUGGCGGCCCGUCGCCUUCCAAGCCUGCCGCCGCCUCCCCAGCCCCUACACCCACUCUAAGUUUUGGCGGUGCAGGCGCAGCAUCUUCGCCCUUCGCCAGCGUUAAGCCCACUGGCACGAAUGGCGGUUUUGGCUCGGCCUUUGGCAGUGCCUUUGGCGGCGGCCUUGGCAGCAAGCCCCUCAGCAGCUUUUCCAAAACGGGCGAGUCUUCAUUCAAAACCGAAAGAGCAGCCAAACCAUUCGGUGCGCCCGAUAGCGACGCCGAAGAGGGCUGCGACGAUGACGCCGACGAUGACGCCGAGGCUGUCUCUGAAUCUGGCGACAAGGAGGAAAGAGAGGAGUCCGACAAGGAAGAAUCCAAGGCCGUGGAGGAUAAGAAAAGAACCAGGCUGCAGAAGAUCACUGUCGACGAUGGCGAAGCCGGUGAGGCGACCGUGCUCCAGGUCAGGGCCAAGAUAUUUUACUUGGAAAAGGAAGUCGGCUGGAAGGAGCGUGGAUCUGGCAUGCUCAAAAUCAACGUACCCGAGGCGUGCGUUCAGUUCGAUGACGCCGGACUGCCGAUACCUGGCUCUUUUGACGCAUCGGGGCUGGAAGAGGACCCCGAGGCCGGUGACAGCAGCGGUCACAAGGUGGUUCGUCUCAUCAUGAGACAGGACCAAACACACAGAAUUCUUCUGAACACGGUCAUCCUUCCCGCUAUGCAGUUCCAGGAGAAGGCGACGUUGAAGUCUGUCGGUGUCAUGUUCACGGCCUUCGAAGGUGCGGAGGCCAAGCCUGUGAGCGUUCAUGUCAGGAUGAGCGCUGCUAGUGCAAAGUCAUUCCUUAAUGAGGUGGGAAUGGUACAGAGAGAGCUCUCAGGAAACUGAACAACUGAGCCCUUUGACAUAAGCGGUCCAAUGGGUAUCGAACGGCGUUGAAGGCCACGCGUGUUUUUUUUUCAGACGAUACAGAUCUGGAAUACAGACCUGAAUAUGUAGUACCACCCAGGGAAGGCUGGCGUGGGAAUUUCUGGGGGCGGGACAGCGGGCGAAGAAGACACAGGCAUAUAGGCACAAUUGGUGGGAUGGCGGAGGUUUUGUAAAGGGUGCCAUUCCAGUUUGACUAUGCGGAUACCUCAGGUCUUAGGUCGCUAUCCUGUCACGAUAUCAGAAAAGCAGGCAUUCAUCUGAUGCGUUUGAAUAUCAAUCAAGCGCAAU